AUGGCGGUUCAAAAACAAACAAGGAUUCAACAAGCUUACUUGGCUAUUUACAAUUUGGCACUUUUCGGCAUUCAUUUGCUGAUCUUCGUCGAUUUGCUCCAGGAGAAAGUCAAAAAAGAGUCAUUCAACUAUAACAAUCAUUAUCAUAUUUUCCUUAUCGCAACCAUCGCUCAAUUGGGAGAUAUUUUGAAUGCAAAACUUGGCCUAACCUCAACCAAUAUUCCAACAGCUUUGAUUCAAAUCUUCGGUCGACUUUUGGUCCUCGUCCUUAUUCGACAAUAUUAUGUUAUCUGGGCUUAUCCAACAACUUUUGCUUUGCUUUUUAUCUAUGCAACAAUCGAAGUCAUUAGAUAUCCAUAUUAUUUCUUCAAGGUUAUCAAUCACGAAAUUUUGACAUUCACCUUCUUGAGAUAUAAUGCUUGGCUCAUUCUUUAUCCACUCGGAUUCGCCUUUGAAGGUAAAUAGUUUUUUCAUUAGAUAAGUAUUUAAAAAAAAUGAAAAUUUUCAGGAAUCACUUUGUAUUUCGUCUUUGCCGGUUUCUACAAAUCUCAAAAAUACCUUAUCAAAUCACCAUUCGGGUUUGGAUACAAUAUCGAUUUGUCGGUCAUUGCUGGAACAGGAAUUUUCCUCACAUUCCCAUACAUCGUCUUCACCCUUUUCAAGCAUAUGUGGAAUCAACGCGCUGUCCAAAACAAGAAUCUCGCCAAGAAAAUUCGCUAA